CUACAGGGUACUCGUGUGGUAGCAACCAUCGAAUGAUCGAACUGCAAGUAGAUUUAAAAACAGUUAUCGUGGCCUUCGCAUUCGCAUUCUUCUUUCACUUCUAUCAUGAAAUCAAAUUUGUUCAUCACUCCGCCAAAACCUCGUUUGGAGCGAGAGCGUAGUAAAAGUACGAUGGRGCAAGAUGCAAUCGUYGAGAGUGUCAAGAGGRGRAAAACCAAUCUUCUCGAUGAAUUUCMCUCUUCAUCCAGCGGAGUUGAUGAGAAGAAUCAAGCACAUUCGUCCACAGCCCUCGCAAUCGACUCCAUAGAGAACAAGAGACAGAAACAGACUUCGCUYGCGUUGCGUGUCGAUAUGAACAGCCCCGCUAUCCCAAACAUURUCACGCCACCCGCAGUAUCCUCGUUCAAACCCGAUCCUUUGGCUGCUGGAGAUGCCAAGGAAUCAUCAGCAUCGCCCCCGCUCCCGCCCCCGCCGCCAUCAUCGUCACCAGCCAUUGAAAUAGACGCAGAGCUGCAUGCAACGACAGAGGAUCCCCUCUUGUUGGCAACGGGGACAGCUCUAGCAGUGAAGCAUGACGUACCGGCAACMGCACUCARCCCCCUGCGGCUCUCCUCACCAGAAGACGAAGACGAAAAUGAGCAAGCAAGAGAACGAAAAGAACAAAACAUCGAGACCAAACAGGAAGUUUCASCAGCCAUUUUCAACACAAACGAAUGUGCCGGAAAAAAGCGGCCUCGAGAUAAAACGAACGUAAAUAUUUCUUCAUGUGUUGACGACAUGAUAAAGAACAAAGAUCACGACGAAUAUCAAUACUGCAAGUUGGAGUCACCUAUUUCCCCGUCCGUUUCCGGUUCUUYCAAGAACUGCAAGAUGRCARAGCUUCUUGAUAUAAAUCGUUGGUGGGAAGCGAAAUCUCCACAAGAAAGAGCGUCUCUGGAAGAAAAACAAGGGCAUCUGAAUGGAAUUGCCACCGGCGACCAACACAGUGCCGAUCAGGCUCUGCAGAUGUUGUUAUGGGACAUCGGAUUUGAGUACAGUGUCUAUGCCCACCAGUUCGAAGCAAUUCGUUUUGUGGCGGGCCUCGUCCCGACGUUUCCCUUUCCGGAGCURACACACCAAUCGGAAACGAAAAAACCAUCGCGGUUCUGUGCUCUUGAACGAAACGAGACCGGUGCCGUGGCUCGAUCCAAGGCAGUCCUCUCAGCGUCCAAAGAAUCCUUUCGCUGGCAUAAAGAGGAAGCGAAUAAAAGCAAGACUACGGACAACAACGACAACAAUGACUUCGACAAUACCAAAUACGCCAAACCGUACAAUUAUAUUCUUCCCACAAGAGGGAUGCUCCUGGCCGACGAAAUGGGACUCGGUACGUAUGUUUUGUUUGCCAUCCAAAACCUUUUARUUGAGUACCACAAGGAUUURACCUUAGCUUGCCUAUUCCCUAUCCUCKCUCCAUUGAUACUCAAGGCAAAACUAUCGAAGCACUAGCAGGAGCUGCAUUGCGGAACGCUACUUUACGCUACUCUAAUUUGUUAGGGCUACCAAGUUCGUCGAGUAAAACUUUGCCAACAUUGAUUGUUUCACCUCAGGACGGGAUCCAGGAACAGUGGUACGACACUCUGGUUAAGUCGGGGGUGAAGCCUUCAAACAUAACGGUUCUAGGUGAUACGMAGACACAAACCUUGGAACGGCAUAAUCGUUAUAAUACUAGUAGUAGUCCCGGAAAAAAAUUUGGAGGAUUGCGUCGGCAGGGGGGCUCCUUCAUUCUCUGCACCCGUUACAAAAUUCAGAGCGAACUGAGACUGCUCUUUGCCCAUCCCGAUUGUCAAAUCAACAACAAAAACAAAAACAAGAAAGCAAGACUGAGCAACAGUAGCAAUCAGUGGCACACUACCGCCAAGCAAAGGGGAAAGGGCAAUUACCUCUUCCCGCACAUAUCGCAGGCUCUCAUAGUGAAAGUUCGAAAUCAAUACCGGGCCGAUAAGGGGAAAGAACGAAACRAAUUUAUCCAAAAAAAAGAGAAGAGACCUGAUUGCGUGGCRCGAUUAAUUAGAGAGGAGAGGACAAAAAGUUGGAACAAAAGUAAUCGGAUGUAUCGAGCUGCCUUUCAGACAAUGAUCGUCGACGAGGCUCAUUUUUGCAAGAACGUUUUGGCCUUUUGGGGCCUGGGUCUAGCUCUGUUGGGUUUUCAGAGCAAGCGAACCGUUCUACUUUCGGGAACUCCCUACAACAACGGCCCGGCUGAUAUGUCAGCCCUCAUGACGUAUAUUGAUCCCAGCCACGAGGCAGCUGGCAUUGAUUGGUGGAACGAGGCGGUCACAAAAACUAGCUCCAGUGUCGGGAGUGUUCGAAACAAGGGGAAAAAUACGGUGAGCGCCGUCAGCCAUUGGCGCAAGGACUUCAUGUUGCGUCGAUCGAAGGAUGUGUUGCUGCAAAAACUACCGCCCCGCAUUCGUAUAGAAACUGAUGUCGGAGCCCAUCCCUCCGAGCUUUGGAUUUACGCCGCAUACGARCAGAAAUUUCUAGAGGCUCUGAGACGGCUCAAGAUGAAUAUGGAAGAAGGUUCCCCCGAAGCCCAACACCGAAUGAAGAAGGCUUUUGAGCUCAUGWUGGCAUACAUGGCUUGUAUGAGAAUGUCUCUUAUCCAUCCCGUUAUGCCAGGCGGGCGAGAAGUCACAAUUCAUUUCUCUCCGUCUCGAAGACACCUCCUWAAACGACAGGAAUGCCCGAAKCGAUGUGUUCUAUGCARUUCGGAUCCCACGCAUAUGGCGGAAAAAGUUGCUGCAAAGCGAAAUGAAGGAGAAAAACGAGAACAUGGAAGUAAMGGUGUUGAUCACAAGUGCAAGGAUGAAAAUGGUGACGAUGACGACGACGACGGCAUUUUAGCCUUAGUGGGGGCUAUGCGAACCGAAAUGGAUCUAKACGAUGAUGAUCUAGACGACGAAGAUUUUGAUUUCGAAGCCAAAUCGAAAAGGGAGCGGGAGCUUGAAGAGAAACGACUUGGCCCAAUCAUUCCCUUGGAUCCCGAUUUUUGCGAUGCUAGCGGCAGCGAGUGCCGUCACUUUGCACACGAAAAAUGGUGAGUUCUUGAURAAUAGUAUAUGUGUUUUCGACAUUCAAAUUCAGAAACGAUUUUCCAUYUCAACUUGUAAUUCUCUCUAUACAUUUUUCUACUUAAAUCCURCAGCAUCGAAAAGUAUCAYGCUGACUUUGGCGACGACGCAAGAUGUCCAAGAUGCUACUGCCUACAAAGACGAGUUCGACAGAAUCUUCGACACAGUGUUUACUGUGAGGAAAUUAAGACCCAUAUCCAUGACAUGCCUGGAGGCUUCAUURCCUCAUCAAAAAUUGAGGAGGCCAUCAAGUGGUUCCGGACAACUGUAUCUGGGAAUGAAAAGGCGAUUAUUCUUAGCUUCUUCAAGGGGAGUCUCGAUCUCAUUGAGGGUAUUCUGACGACCAAGUUUGGCAUCGAAUGUGUUCGAUAUGAUGGAGACGUGAGCAAGGAGACACGAACAAGCGAUCUAGAGAGAUUCAAGACAAAAGCUACCUGUCGAGUAUUACUGGCAACUGUCCAGAGCGGUGGUACCGGUCUCAAUAUCACUGAAGCAAAUCAUGUUUGCUUUCUCGAUCGUUGGUUCAAUCCAUGUGUUCACGACCAAGCCGAAUCUCGUUGCCAUCGUAUCGGACAGAAAAAGGACGUGCACAUUUCCUACCUUGACAUCAAUCUAACUAUAGAUAUCGUGAUGAAGAGGAUUAACGUGCUGAAAGAAGGAAACGCUAAUGUCAUACUUGCUGACGGAACAUCUCUCGGAGAUAGAUGGAGUCUCGGCUACAAAAACGUUUCUGGSGUGAUUGGGAACACACUUACAGCGCUUCUAGCAAUGAGGGAAGAAACAAUCAACAAGAACGGUGAUGCCCCAUUGCCUCCAUACGAUGAAUCCCUUCUGGUAAAAAAAAUGGAGGAAAUCCAAGCCAGAAUAGGGAAUCUUGAAUCCAACGAAACCAAACAAGAGGAAACUAGAGUUGAAUCGAAACAGACAGCGAUUUUGUUGGAUUCUGACGACGAUGAUGAAAUCUUCAACAGAUGUCCAGCAUUUGCCCAGGUAAAUCCUGAAAAGAAAGAGAUUCCGACACGAAGGCUAACGAGUCUUAACCAACUUGGASAAAAAAGAAGUCCAAUCUUGGAUAAGGUAACGACUGAAAUGAGAGGUACUCGAACGAAGCAUUCGACAUCUUUCAGCCGAGUUCCGAGUCAGCCCAUGUCCGACGACGACGACGACGACGAUUGCUCAUUUUUGCACAAAGGUCCUAUCUUCAAACACAUGUAGUCAUAGAAUCAMAGCUGUAGCCUUCGACCAAGUCCUCCUACCGGAAUAGCUGCACUACUAGGUAAUGAUCCCCAUACAGCGACUUGUAUUAUUUUCGCAAARAGAUUCAUCAAAGAAAGCGCACGCGAUGGGUGGCUUGUGACGCCAGCAAUGGGCACAGAAAAAUUCUUUUGGCGGAUGGCCAUUCAGCCAUCAAAGAAGGAACACAUAUYUCCGUUUAGACAAUGAGAGUUGCAGCAGAAUGUUUGUACAGCAUCUCACCGCACAGCUGCAAUGGAAUGGCUGGUUUGCUCAAGCGAAGUUCACGGAAGCUAUUUGAACGAGCGGUUGCUCACAAGAAAUUUUCAAGGGUUCAUUGAAUCCAUUUUUUCCUGGGACAUGAAAUUUGUGAUAAGUGACAAGAUCAACAAGUUGGCUCGCUAACRGCUAGURAGGUUGUUUGAAGUUAUGCUCUGAAAAGAUUAUGCUCUGAAAAGAAUGUAGUAGAAGUCUCUAAAAAUGAAUAAUCUGUUUUUGGUCAAGGUACUAAUUUAUUUGCARAAAAUGGUAUAACAGGGUUUACACAAAUCCACACUAAAAAAGUUUCUUUUUGUUUCCUCGGUAAGUCCAGGGCUGUAAGAAUUCUUCAAGGUUACUGGUGGCUACUGUGCACUAAAGAUAGUGGUAGUCCAGUGCACUGUAACCAAUAAAUUUGUCAAAAGGCCUGGUGUUGGCAUGUAAAGGGGGUUUGGUGGGGAGGACAAAUUUUGUCUCUUCUUGGAGAACACCCUGUUAGUGCAAGUGCUGAACAAAAUAGGACACAACACCCAGAGUUAGGCAAGAAGAAAAUGCCUAGGUAGGUAAAAUUAUGACAAUUGUCCACUGAGRAAYAUGCUUGCCCAAUAACAGUCUAACCAUGGACUUUUCCCUUUUCCUUUGUUGAUAUGUAACAAAUGAUAGUGAAAAGGGAAACAUCCCAAACAGAUUUCCAGGAACCCUGGGCAUUUCCGAUUGGGACAUGAAGGAUACAGCAGGGAAGAAGAUUCUACAUCCACACUACUACAGGGCAUAUGGUAGUGCUGACAAUCCAGAGUUUUAUUAUUUUGUUACAAGAAUCUUCUUGGCAUCCAUAAACCCUAGGAACAGCA